AUGGCUCUGCUGGUCUCACUUUCUGGAGGGAAUCUGGACAUGGCUUGGAUCCUGCUUCUGCUGCUGCCAGCAGCAUGCCUACAAGCUGCACUCCUUUCUGGCAUCCAGGGUGGCUCAAUCAAAAUCCCCUUCCUCUGGAAGUUAGCACCAGAUCCACAGAUGAGGAUUCUCUGGCGAUAAACAGACUUCCACAAGGACUUUAUCAACUCUUCCUUUGGUUUUAUACAUGUGCAUUUUAAGGACCAGCUUGUUCUGAACUGGACACAGCCUCAGAUAUCCGGAGUACUCAGAAUCCUGGACUUGAAGCAGAAGGAUCAGUGUAUUUCUGCUGAGUUCAUCUGA